AUGUUUACAUUUUCCAUCUUGGAGAAUGACUCUGGCUCGUGCAGAGUAUCGAAGCUUAGCUUUGAUGCCGACAUCACCAUUCUAGCGGAUCCUACAUGGGAUGGGCGUAACUAUGAAGAUAUGGAUUUCAUGGAACAACACCUCACAAAUGUUGAUAUAAUUUUGCUUUCACAUGGUACUCCUGAAUUCAUUGGUGGGUACGUACUUCUCUGUAUCAGGUUCCCAGCUCUCAUGGCUGCCAUCAAGGUGUAUUCCACUGUUCCUGUCAACCAAUUGGGACGUAUUUCCACGGUUGAAUUCUAUCGUUCAAGAGGUAUUAUGGGACCCAUUCAAGGUGCCAUAUUAGAAGUAUCAGAAGUAGAUGAAUGGUUUGACAAGGUCAUAUCACUCAAGUAUUUACAAUCUAUUUCACUUUUUGAUAACAAACUCGUGAUGACUCCUUAUAAUGCGGGUCAUACUCUUGGAGGAACUUUUUGGUUAUUGACAAAGAAAUUGGAAAAAAUCAUUUAUGCACCAGCAUGGAAUCAUUCUAAGGAUUCAUUCUUGAAUAGUGCCAGUUUCCUUUCCUUGAAUGGUACUCCAUUAUCCCAGUUGGUGAGACCAACUGCCCUUAUUACCAAUACAGACUUGGGUUCUUCAAUGUCCCAUAAGAAACGUACCGAGAAAUUUCUUCAAUUAGUAGAUGCCACAUUGGCAAAUGGAGGUUCAGUUGUACUUCCAACUUCACUUUCAGGUAGAUUUUUGGAAUUAUUACAUCUUGUUGAUCAACAUUUACAAAGUGCACCUAUUCCUGUUCUUUUCUUAUCGUAUUCAGGAACCAAAGUAUUAAGUUAUGCAUCCAAUUUAUUGGAAUGGAUGUCUUCACUGCUCAUUAAAGAAUGGGAAGAUUCCCAAUCUCAUGGAGCUAGUAAUAAAAAUAAUAUCCCAUUUGAUCCAUCUAAAGUGGAUCUUUUGGCAAAUCCAAACGAAUUAUUACAACUUUCAGGACCAAAAAUUGUUUUCUGCACUGGUUUAGAUUUAGAAAAUGGUGAUAUGUCUAGUGAAGUUCUUCAAUACUUGUGUAAUGAUGAAAAAACCACCAUCAUUCUUACAGAAAAAUCCCAUUUUGGCGUCGAUAAAUAUAAUAUCAAUGCUCAAUUGUAUAGAGAAUGGCAUGAACUUGCAAAGAAAAAGCAGGGUAAAGAAGGACCAGUUGAAGAUGGUAUUGCAGUUCCCCUUGAACGUACAUUGAAUUUGGAAGAUUGGCAACAAGAAGAAAGUUUGUAUGGAAUGGAAUUAAUCAAAUUUCAAGAACAAAUAAAUCUUUCAAGAAAGCAAAAAUUAUUGGAAAAAGUUAGAGAUAAAAAGAAUAAGAACUUGUUGAAUACAGACAAUUUCAGUGACUCUUCCUCUGAUGAAGGGGAAGAUGAUGAGGACGAUGAAGAUGAAGAUCGCGAUAAUGAAAAAAUGGCAGUGGAUCAAAUAGAGAAUCAAAAUGGAGGAGACAAUUCCAAUGCCACUUUGAAUGGAACCACAGGAAAGUCAAACACAGCUAGUGGGAAUAAUACUACCACCCCAGGACUUCCUGUCACUAAUAAUGCGUCAGUGCCAGUAGUUGACGAAUUAGCUGCUCACGAAGCGUUCAUUACUGACCAUGUUAAACAAACUCUUGAAGCAAAUAAACCACUCGAUCUCAGGAUAACAAAGAAACUUAAACCAAGACAAGCAAUGUUUCCAUAUUUUUCAAAUAGUCAUAAACAAAAGUUUGAUGAUUAUGGUGAAAUCAUAGAUAUCAAGGUUUUCCAAAAGAAUGAUGAUCCAACUAAGAGUCGGUUGGUUGUAGAUGGGAAAAAGGGAGAUGACAGAGGGAGAGGAGAUGGAAAUUGGAAUGAAGGGGGUGAUUGGAAGAAGGGUAAAGGUGGUAAGAAGUUUGGAGAAGGACAAGCCAAUCGUGCCACUCCUCAAGAAACUUUAAAUAAUCAAGUCUUACAGAAGAAUCUUGAUACAUUAUUCAAUCCUCAAAAGAGAGUCAGAUCUAACAAGACCACUCUCCGAGUGCGAUGUGGUCUUUCAUUUGUUGAUCUUUCCGGAUUGGUGGAUUUAAGAUCAUUAAGUUUAAUUGUCUCUUUGAUCAAGCCUUAUAAUAUAGUUUUACUCCCAGACUACUCUUCUAGGGAAGAUGAAGAAGACCUUAAUCUGCUCAAGACUGUCAAAGGAAUGUUUGACCAACAACAAGAAGAUAAACAAGAGCAACAAUUCAAAAAGGAUAUUGCCAAUUCAGCGAGGUACAUGUCAUUGGCAACAAUCCGUGGAGGUCUUUCAGGUCUUUCUGGGGGGUCCAAUAACCAAAUGCAAGUCCUGGUGGCCGAAAGAAAUCAUACCAUCCGUAUUGGUUAUGAUGACAAUGGAGUUACUGGAAUGGGAUUAACUAAUUUUGAAAUUAAAUUAGACGAUGCUAUUUUAGAGAACUUAAAGUGGCAAAAGAUAGAUGGUAGUUAUAAAGUUGCACAGGUGUAUGGUGAAUUAGAAAUUACCAACCAACAGCCAGAAGCGAAGAGAACGAAAAGAGCCAUAAAUGACUAUAUGAAUUCAUCUACCCAAUUCACAUUAAAGCACUUAUCUAAGAAACAAUAUUUGGAACAACAACAAAAGGUUGCUAGAACCGAUGCUGCAGCUACAGAUUUGGGCAAUCCAACUGGAGCUAUCUCCACAGGAACUAGUAAUUUAGGACCAAAGUUAGCAAUUGGAAACAUUCGUCUUACUGAACUUAAAAAGAAGCUUUUAGCUAGAAACUUAAAUGUCGAGUUCAAGAGUGAAGGUACACUUGUUGUAAACGAAUGCUUAGCCAUCCGUAAGGUAACAUAUGGCUCAUCGGAGGGUGAUGAUACAGGUGAUAUAGUCAUUGAUGGGCUGAUGGGUGCUUUGUACUACGAUGUGAAGGAUUGCAUUAGAGAAAUGUUGGCAUAUGUAUAG